AUUUCCAAUAAUAGUGAGAAAAGAGGACGAUUCAAAUAUUUGCGGAGAGGAGAGGCGAAUGGGGUGACCACUGGGCAGCAAGAAGCGGUCGUUGCGAUAAAGGCUUGGUUGUCUCUCUCUCACUGUAAAUAAAACUUUUUGUUUUUCUUUUUAUCUUUGCCUUGUUCUUCAAGGUGAGGUCAGGGGAAGGCAGAGUAUUCAACUCCAAUCCAAAAUUAAAAUCAACUAUCACAUGUCAUGAUUUUCUUCAGCUUCUCAUCAACUCUUCUCUGAUUCUCUCUCUCAAUUAGGGUUUCUCUCCUCCAUCAUCUGCUUUCAGAGCCAUGCCUACGUUUACUGCAAUAGCUCUGGAUAGGUUGUUAGAACCUGGAGCUUCUAAAUCUGUUGACAAGUCUGUUCCUAGUUCAAACCCUGUUCCAAAACCAAAUUUUCCCCCAAAAACAAGACCUGUGCCUAAUUCAAAACUGGAGAGAAGAAAUAAUACAUCAGCCACAGAGAGGAAAGUUAGUUGCCCUCAGAUAUCUCCAGCGCUCUAUGCAACUCCUGAAGUAACCCCACUCCCUGAUUCACCAUCUUCAUUCACUCCUUCACCAUAUAUCAUUAACCACAAGCGGCGUGGGCCACGCCUUUUGAAGAGCUUUUCUGAGGAUGACGUAGCUUCUCGCAGGAAAACUUUGGAUGAGAUGAAUGGGAGUGCAAAGGGUUCAGAAAAUAAUGUUGUGGAUUCAGCUAGAGAUCGUACUGUUACUUUUGCCAUUUCUGAUUUUGAAGGGAGGCAUGUAAAUGGUGUCCAGGAUAGUCCACCGAUUACAGGAGAGAUUGUAAACGGUGCCCAUGAGGCCUCUAGUGAAGGGGAGCAUAUGAACGGUGUCCAUGAUGGUGAAAUAGGAGGCAGUAAUGGGGAAUUUAAAAGUAGAAAUGCUAUGAAUGGCUUGGCCAUGGAAAUGGAUGUGCUGAAGGAUGUUGCAUUGAAUUCAGAAAGGGAUGUUGAUACUGAGGAUUUCUUUGAUCCUCGGGAAUCAAUUAGUUACUCUAGUAACACUGAUAAUGAGGGAAAUUCUGUGGUGGAAAGUUCUGUGAAACUCGCUGCAACUACACCAGUGGGAGAAUUCUAUGAUGCUUGGGAAGAGCUUUCCUCUGAGAGUGGGCAUCAGACUUCCCUCCGUGACAUUGAAGCUGAAUUGCGUGAAAUGAGACUAAAUUUAUUGAUGGAGUUAGAGAAGCGAAAGCAAGCAGAAGAAACUCUAUACAAUGUGCAAAUUCAAUGGCAGAGGAUCAGGCAACAAUUAGCCCUCGUAGGAUUGACUCUCCCGGCAUUUCCCAUUACUGUUGAGGAUGAGCUGUCUCCGGGUAUUGAUCCGGCAGAAGAGCUGUGCCAGCAGGUAUGUGUUGCUCGGUUUGUGUCAGAUUCCAUUGGGAGGGGCAUUGCAAAAGCUGAGGUGGAGAUGGAGAAAGAAGCUCAGAUUGACGCAAAGAACUUUGAGAUUGCUCGAUUGUGGGAUCGGCUUCAUUAUUAUGAGGCUGUGAAUCAAGAAAUGUCUCAGAGGAACCAAGAAGCUGUAGAGAUGGCUCGGCGUAAUAGGCAGGUUGGGAAAAGAAGGCAGCGAUGGGUUUGGGGAUCAAUUGCUACAGUAAUUACCCUUGGCACUGCAGCUUUAGCAUGGUCUUACUUUCCAUCAGCAAAAGGAUCAUCUUCCAAUGAUGAUUCUAUGGUUCCUGAACAUGAUGAUGCAGCUAAGUGAAGUAUUCAGUCAGUCAAAAGAAUAUGAUGUUGUAGAACAAAAGAGAAUAAAAGGUUGUUUAUGCCAACAUGUUAAUAGCAAGUUGCAUUUUCCCUGUCUGAAAGAGCAUGGUAUCAUGAAAAUCAUUAUGGUACAUCAUAUCCGUUGCUAGUAAUGCGGGAGGCAGCAAAUUUUGAUUUUGAUCAAUCAUUACUUGAAAUUAUUUUCCAACUUUUUUGGCGGGUUUGAAGGCUAUAGAUGUGCAUUUGCAUAUAUGAAAGAGUUUGUUAGGUUCUGUUGAAGAACCUUUUUUAUUCAAGCCAUUGUUCUUGUUCUUUGACCCUGAAAAUCUUAUCAGGAACUAGAUCGAGGAUAAUGCAAUUGAUACCUUGAAACAUGUUCAUGCCCUUGCUAAGAAUGAUGCCAAGUAAUGCUUUUGAGUACUAUUUUGUAGAAUACUGUUGGCAUCUUGUAAUUCAAUUUGAUUGCAAUCAGCAUCCACGAUCUUCUUGUAACAUGUUUGGGAUUGCUUGAGGAAAUUUCAAUGUUAUGUUGUAUUUGGUUGUGCGUA